AUGGACUGGAACCAUUCAGCGGCAAACAUACUUCAGCGCACUUUACCGCAAGAGGCUCUAGAAGAGGAUCCUUUGGCAUCAUUCAUCGCGGCGGUAUCUGGUGUAGACGAAGCCUACACUUCUAAUGUUUCUCUUUCCUCUGGAUUUAUACAGCAGGGGCCUUUCUGCUCAAAUGACCUUUUUGACUUCGCAUCCCCUACUAGAGGACCAUCGCCGACGACUCAGAAGACGAGUCUCACAGGAAUGGCUCCACGGAACCUACCGUUUGCCAUACCACCAGAGACCUUACCAAACAUGGCGGAUGAAGACGAGAUAAUGGAAAGUUACGUCCCAACGGUAUCCUCACUCCCCUCAUUAGAGGAUGGGAACUCCGAUCUGGACCAGGUAGAGGCACUAGAAGGCUGGCCACUUUUCCAAUGCAACCCAGUCAUACCAUCGUCUACGUGCGCGCCUACAGCCGCCAAGCAUGUGAAGAACAUGCGUUCCCUGCUCACGCACGAUAACAUGAUGAUUCAGAAUAGUCAGCCAGUGGCGUGCAACGUCGUCGUUGAACCUCUUCUAGCCAGCACUAGGGAGAAGCUCAGCGCUGUCAUGCAAGGGCUUUAUAACGAGGCGCAAGAACUCUACGAGCUGCGGGGCUCCAACAACAGAAUGCCUGGCUACGCUGGGGGAUCCAUUCUCGUGCUACCUUGUCCGUCUGUAUUGGAAAUAUUGCUCCGGUCCUACCUCCGCAGCUACGAACCAUAUUAUCCCUUUAUCCCCAUCGCGCCUCUAAACAUCAACGAGCGCAUGAAAGGGAGAAAUACCAUUUUACCUAGUAUGCUUUUACUCCUCAUAUUCGCCGCCGGUGCCAUGGUAGCUGGGGGGAGUGAGACAUACUCAAAGAUUGCACAUGGGCUGGUUGAGAUUUGCCGCAUUUCCCUGCGAAAUCUCAUUGAAAAGAAUAUAAAGCUAGCUUCGGAUCAUGAAGUCUCGCAGUGCGCACUGUUAAAUCUCAUUGUUUCUGCAUGGAGCGGAGACAAGUGGCAGAUGGACAUGCAUCUGAAAGCGGAGCAACAUUACCACCGGGAUACCCAGGUAGCCCGGCUAGAAUCGUCCAAUGAUGUCGCCCACUCCUGGGAGAUAUGGAAGACACAAGAGGGGGCGAACAGACUCACGCAUUGUUGGCUCAUUCUGGACCACGAAAUAUCUUUGUUUCGAGAUAUACUCUCAACAUCCUUCCUCUCUACCACCAGUUUCAACACACCCAUUCCGAGUCCAGACAGCGCAUGGAACGCUAAAUUCGCGAAGAAGUGGAUCGAAGUGAUGCUAUCAGCUUAUGGACGGGUCAGCAUGCCCCCUUCACUUAAUGAUUGGUUAUCCUGGUUUUCAGAAACGAACGAUUUCCGCUCGACGGCGCACAUUUCACCUGUCACGCUGCGACUGUUGCUCUGCCAUCUUCAGGAUCAGGUUAUUCAACUGCGAUUCAACAUAGACAGGGUUCUGGGUAGAGGCCAAACUCACAAAGGCUCCCAACACCUGCCCGUUGUUCUAUUUGCGGUGCAAGUCCAAGAGGUUCAGGAACAGCUGCGCAAGUGGCAUGAUCUCACCCAGACACAGAUUCCAAAUGAAACGACCUCCCCAGAAACUGCAACCAACAUGAUACUAUAUCAUCUGAUCAUGCUCAAUACAAUGGUGAAUUUCCCGGAGAUAGAGCUUUUAGCACGCAGCAACCAGAAGAGUGAGGUGGGUUAUGAUCCCCCAAGACGUUGCUCUCAGUACGCCCAUCAUUUAGAGAACACAACGGAGAUAUAUUUUCAUUGUGGUCAGGUCAUGCGUCAUGUUCGGUCCAUACCGGAGCCCGGUCGGCCGCCGUGGUGGGCCGGUGCCAUAUAUCGAGUGGCUCUGGUUGCCUGGGCAAAUGGCACAGUGUCUGUCAACGUGGUCAACUCACCGCGUCGGGGGGACAUGGAGACACAGGGCACGGUGCUUCUGGAUGUCCAUCCGCCAUAUCAUACGUCUAUCGUUUCCUACCUGAACCACCAAGGGGGUAUCCCUGCAUUCUCGGACUCGGAUGAUACCGCAGUGCGCUUGGACGACUCCGUGGAUGUGAUACGUCACUGUGCUAGCUUCCUUGACACGGAUAUCAAGACCAAAUUUACCCUCAGCAUCCGGCAAAAGUUACUGACGAUGGCAACCCGGUGGGAGAACAGGAAUUCUUAG